AUGAAAGAAAUCAUACAAGAGCUCAAUAAUCUAAACGAUUUAGGAGCACAUUCGAUCCAAUCAUCAACCGAAUUCAAUCCAACAUCCAAUGAGAUUAGUGAUAAUCCUGCAGAAAUCAGUAGUUUAGAUGCUUCAUAUACCUUUGAUCCAAAACAUUCAACGUCGAAUAACAAAAAGACUUCAUCAUCUAUUCCUAAUCUAAAUACAUCUAAUAGGAAUUCGAAACUUGAUAGUGGUGAAGUAACUAACCCAUCAUCGAGCUCAGAUACUUCCAAGACUCAAGAUUGUGAUACAUUGAAUUCUAAUAAUCAAAAAACAACUUCAGACAAUGAAAAGAAUCAAAAAACUAGUCAACAAAACCAAGCAGCAAUUCCUAAUUUAAAUAUAUCCCAAGGAAAUUCGAAUAACAACAUUGGUACUACUGAACAUCAAUCGAAACAUUCUUCUGAGCAGACCAAUGAUCCAUCAAAGAUCCCAGAUUCGUCAGAUACCAAGGAGGAAGCAUCAGACAGCUUAGAUACUCCGAAACCUGAGGAUUGUGAUCAAGAUAAUCAGUCUAGCAAAACUACUACUACUACUAAUCCUAAACCGAAAAGUCCGACUUCUCAAAAUUCUUAUCAAAGUGAUUCUAUGGGAUCUAAUCAAGCAUUUCAUCAAUCUGGAAAUGAAAUUAAUCCUACACAUCAAAUCCAAAGUCAAAAAGAAAAAACCGGUGGAGAUUAUGUAUAG